UGCGAAUUGGAGCAUGCGCGCCGAAGCAACUUCCCCGACUAUACGGCACUCUCCUACACUUGGGGAAGCAGCAGCGACACACGUCCGAUUUACGUGGACGGCGGCCUAGUUGAAGCCGGGGUCAAUCUUGAAGAGGCACUUCGAGCCCUGCGGGACCAUACGCCAACCCGAGUGCUCUGGUGUGACCAGUUGUGCAUCAACCAGGGCGAUGAUGCGGAGAAGUCCGAUCAGGUCCAGCAGAUGAAGGAGAUAUACAGCGAUGCGACCCGUGUUAUUGCUUGGCUUGGGCCUGCAGCGGAUAACAGCGAUGCUUUGAUGAGCCGGCUGAGGGAGCUCGACCUAGUCUCAGAUGAGUCGGCAGACCACUCAGCACUCCUGGCAUCGUACGCAAGGGAUGAAGAGCUUACCUGGAUCCCAAAAGCAUUCGACGAUUUCUGCAAGAGAAGCUAUUGGCGGAGACUCUGGGUUAUACAGGAAUUCGCCGUUGCAAAGGAUCUGUACGUCCUCUGCGGUAGCGCAAUGCUAUCGGCUGCACACUUGGCAAACGCGGUUCAGUCUUUGUUCAAACUCCAGGGUCAAAUUCACGACCACGUCUUUCGAAGCGAGAAAAUACCGUGCGGCCUAGAAACAAUGGAGAGGAGCUAUAGUUCCUCAGCACUGAGCUUCGUCAUGGCCAUCACCACGCGUCGGAGUCGCCACCAUAAUUCAGACCCGUCCAGAAGUGACAGCCUCUUCCGUGUCCUGGUUACCUCUCUCGUGCUGGAAAUCGAUUACAACCAUCCCGACUGCACAGACGCCAGAGAUAGAGUAUUUUCGGUGUUGGGCCUUGCCACAGAUGCGGCAGAUUUCGAAGGGUUUCCCGAUUAUUCCAAGGGCUCUGAAGAGGUCUAUGAAGAGUUGACUCGCAAACUACUCCAGAAGGGCGAAAUCGACAUACUCUCGUACUGCCAGUUCCCUCGGAAGAUAAGAGACCGCGAAAUGAGCAGUUGGGCACCAGACUGGGAUACGCCGAUCCGUCGGCCAUGCGCGAAGUCUCCCUGGUUCAGCUCGUUCUCGGCAUCUGGAGACACCCUUGCGGAGCAGGAAGUCUGCUUCCCCAGCCCAAGGGCUCUUACAUUGAAGGUCGUCUUUGUCGACUUCGUCGAAAAAGUAGGGAAUUUGUGGGAUCCGGAUUGGAUGAGCACUCUAGAACCCGGAGAUAUAAUGUCCUAUUUGGCGGAAAUCUGGACAUUGUGCGAGGAAUCGCCGCGCAUCCAAGAAGACGAAAAGGCGGCGGCAACCUCGCGAAUCGCGAUAGCGGACCGUUUAGUAGCCACAACUCCUGAGCUGCAAAGUGCCUCCGUAGCACUCUGGGCUGCGCUUGUUCAAAAGUUUGGUCCCCAGGCGACAACCGUCCAGCCGGCUUCUUCGGAAAACACCAGCUUCGAACGUCUAUUGACUGUCUAUAUGGAGCAGUUCAAGAACCUUCAUUCACGGCGCCCCUUCCGAUCCCGAACAGGCUACGUCGGACUGGCUCCCGCUGGCGCUAUUAACGGAGAUGUUGUUGUUGUGAUCCUGGGAGGGAAGACGCCAUACGUCUUGAGGGCGAGGGCGGAAGGGGGGUACACUCUAGUAGGGGAGGUCUAUGUCCAUGGCAUCAUGUACGGAGAGCUGUUGAAA